GUUCUAUCCCUAUCUAAUGUCCCGAGACUUUGAACAGAAAAAGAAAUCAAGUCCCAGAGAUUCUGAGAGAAGUUAAAAAGUUGAAGAAUUUGAAACGUUUAACCACAAGUAAAAAAAAAAAGAACCAUUUCUCAACCAUGGCUUACAUUAUUAAGAUACGGUCACACAAGUUUGACAUGAAGUCAAUUACAGUCGAACCAGUGAUGUUUCUGUACAUGUUUACAGUAUUCUUAUCUAACUUGACAUUCCAGGCUCUAGUAUAUGACAAAGUUUGUAAAGAACAUUACAAUUCAACAAUAUGUUCACAACUAGGCAAUAUAACAUAUAAAGAAGAAGAGGAUGUUGUACAGAAGGAAACAUCAACAUGGCUGUUAUAUAAUAACCUUGCUAUGGGAUUGCCCUCACUGUUUAGUGUAGUAUUGUUCCUAGGUCCCUGGGGAGACACAGUUAAUAGAAAAAUACCAGUUAUCUGCCCCUUAGUAGGUUCAUUUUUAGUUUCAGUUAGUAACAUGAUAAAUUCCGUUUAUAUGGAUGCACCUCUUGUGUAUUUACUAUUUGGACAGUUUCUAAAUGGACUUCUUGGAGGUUUUAUAGCAGCAUUAAUGUCAAUGUAUAGUUACAUCGCCUAUGUGUCAUCUCCGUCUUACCGUACCAUAAAGAUAGGAAUACUAGAAGGUAUGAUAUUCCUGUCAGCAACUGUUGGCACAGCAAUAUCAGGUGUGAUCCUCGAUAAGACAAGUUAUGUAUUUGUGUUUAGUUUUCUAGCAGGAUUAAUGAUGCUUGCUUUAAUAUAUACAAUUGUUUGGGUAGACAGCAUUCCCUCUGAACAGACUCUGGAUGCUAACAGUGACAGAAAAAGUAGUUGCAGAUCAUUGUUUCUUGAUACCAUAAAAGAUGCAUUCAUGUGCGUGUAUCAGAGCCGCAGGAACGAGAACUUUUUAAACCUGGCAUUAGCAAUUUUUAUCAUAUUUAUCCUGAUGUUGGUGUCAAUAGGUGAGAUUGACAUUUUACUGAUUUAUACUCGUAACCGACCUUUUAACUGGUCACAGACAACUCUAGGACUGUACGACGGUUUAGAAUCAUUCCUACGAGGUAUAGCGGUACUAACAUUCCUUCCACUUCUGAAGAGGAAAUUUGGAGUAAGAGAUACUAUGAUACUAGUAGUAGGACUUGUUUCAAAGACAGCUAGCCUCAUUGUUCUCGGAUUGGGAAGAUCAACAGUUGUGCUUUUUAUAGGUGCCACAUCUGGUGUUCUGCAAGGAUUUAGUUCUGCUGGAAUCAGAUCUAUGACUUCAGGAAUGGUCUCCAGCAAUGAGCAAGCAAAGUUGUUCAGUUUGAUUGGUAUGUUUGAGAGUGUGUCAACUCUGGCAGCAACCAGUUUGUUUAACACAGUGUAUACUGCUACCAUAGACUUCUACCCAGGAUUUUGUUUUCUGAUGGCAGCUGUCCUUUCUGGUAUAUGUAUAUUUAUAGCAUGCAUUUUACACAUAAAAGUAUCCAAGAAUACAGCUGGUAACUAUGAUACGUUACAGAAUGAGACAGUUCAAGAUGUUCCUGUAGGUACAGACAAUGAAGUUCAAUCCUAGAUACUUACAGCAUUUGUUGAUUGCAAAUUGUUAACCUGCGAUAAGGCUUUGCCACCAGUAUAGAGCCAGGCCAACUUACACAUCACAUCUGUGUAGUCUGACCAGGCUCUAUACUGUUGGCAGCUCAGUUUUUGAAAUUUGAUAUUGAAAUUUCUUAAACUUCAAACAGAGUGUUCUAAAUUUAAAGCUACAUGCCUCCAGAUGAGACAAAAUAUUUCAAUAAAAUCGAACUUGAGAAAAAUGUACUAAGAUGUUAAGAAAAGUAAAAAGUUUCAAGAUUCAAGUAAUAUUUUACAUGUUAUGUGCGAUCAGUGACUGAUUUUUCAGUAUUUACAACCACAUUUCUACUGCGUUACUUACACAGUAAGGGCAUUUUAUGCAUAUUUUGACCUUUUUUUAGUAAUUUACAUGGUUUGAAAGUGUCAUUGAUAGUGUGUAAAUUGCUUCCUUUUGGUUACUUCACAAUAUUAUACAUUCGUAUACAUUUUCAAAAUUUUCAUGAAAAUUAGUGUGAAUCUGAAGGCGUGCUGCUUUAAAUCAAGACAAAUUCAUUACACAAAGUCAGCAGGUAAAGGGUUGAUUUAUCAUCUCAAAAAUGUUGAUCUCUAUAGGCUGGCAUUAGCCUCUAAAUAAGCAAUUUAUUUAUUAAAGCUGUAUGCCUCAAAAUUCAGCCUAAAUUUAAUAUGGUAAGAAAAUUAAACUUGAGAAAAAAUGUACUAAGAUUUCAUGAAAAGUAAACAGAUCUUAGAUUCAAGUAAUAAUUUACAUGUUAUGUGUGAUUAGGGAAUGAUUUUGCAUUUUUUGUAACCAUAUUUCUGCUGUGUUACUAACUCAUUAAGAGCUAUUUUUGCUUAUUUUGACCUCUUUUUGGUAAUUUAUGUUGAUUUAAGUGCUGUUUACAAUGUAUAAAUUAUUCUUUGUUCACUUCACAUUAUUUUACUUUAAAAUACAUUUUUGAUUU